AUGAAUCAACUAUCAUUGUCCCUAGCAGUCUUGCUAGCAGUGUCUCCUCUAGCUCAAGCAACUCCUGCCCGUGGUUGUCGCGCAUCUUGCAAUGCAGACAAUUUCCUCCGUUUGCUCCGCACGCCAUCCAAUUUGCCAGAAGCGCUGCAAUUUUGUAGCGAGUAUCUUCAUUUACCAGCCUCGACUGUUACAGUUACGACAGUGACGCCGACUACUACCGCAUACUCUACGGCCUUCGAUGGUGUGUCUCCCACUGCCACAAUCUACGCAGAACAUGUCGACACAUUGAUUCCCACGCGGACGAUCACGGUCACAAACGUACACACCGAAACGAGCAUUGUAACCGAUACAUCACUCACGACAGAGUUUAUUACUGUGACUGCCGCGGCGGUGCAGGGACGUGCUGUCUCAACGCCUCUCUCGCAACGAAUCACCCAAUCAUACAGUUCGAGUAGGAUAUCAAGCGGCUGCGCUUGUUUGACAAUCCCUAUCUCAACGAAUUCCGUAACAGCGACAGCAGAAACAGUCACGGUCACAGAAACACAACAACUGACAACGACGGCGCUCGAGGUCACACAAACUCUUACUUCGUAUCGAACCACUACCCUUCCCGAUAUAUUGGAGACUACAACGAUUGACAGCACGAUUGUCAUUCCAGUGACCACUACUGAAGUUUCAGUAGUAACAUCUACAGUAACAGCCACCGCUACUGCCUCUGCAACCGGAUACUUUUACAUCCGUAACGUGCGUCCAGCAGCGGACAACUUUUUCACAGGCAAUUUUCUCGUGAAUCGGGAUUUCAGCUCUUCCAACAAGGUUCAGGCUGCCACAAUCGCAGGAGCCAAUACCACAGCUCCCCGUAUGGGUCUCACUCCUGAGGGUUACCUAACUAUUAUGCAAUCCAGAGUAGCUGCUUCUGCCGCCACCGGAACAGAAAGCCAAACUUGGGUCGCCUUCGUUCACAAUAAUGUGAACAGUGAGGUCCUCACUUUCGAUCAGCUGGCCAACAUUCAAGCAUGCUCAACAUGCCAACCGCUGAAGUUCCAAAUCAGCGAAGAGUCCGACGGGAUGUAUAUUGAUUUCGUCGAUGAGGGAGCAAGAGCUAUCUACAUUUGCGGUCCUAAUUCGAGCGCCGGUGUCAGCUUUUAUGCGUUCUGGACUGGUCUCACAGGACCUCCUACAGCGUCUUGUUUCUUGCAGCGGAUAUAUGAGUCCAAAGAAGGAGUCACUGGGCCGACAUUUGGCACUCCGACUCAUGGAUAA